ACGCACUGCGCGGAGUUUUACGCGCGACUCGUCUUUCGGAAACAGCGGGUUCAUCCUCACCGCACGUGCAGCUGUUCUUUGUUUUUGCGCAAAAUCAACAAAACAACAAAGAAGAAAAGUUCUGACUUUUUCCUCGUCUCGUUGGCUUCAGGUGCGGAGUGGAGCGCGGACCUGUUGGCUCAAACCUUUGGAUGGUUGCGCGCAAACUUUGACGAAGCCGGAGUUGAGAAGCGGCGAUGCAGAGGAGCCGCGGAGGACGGAGCGGAGCCGCCGUGACCCGAAGGGGAAACUCUGUCAGACACGCGUGAAACUGCAGCGUCCGCGUCCACGUCCACGCCAGCAUGACUUUGUCCGGCGGUUUGUCGGAUGCUUGUCAGAUGCUUUUCUUUCUUCUACCUGAGCGCCUGGAGCCGGAGCCGUGGGAAUAGGACGUGGAAAUCGGAAAAGUUGCCGCAGCACGCGGUGAAGCCAACGCACGGGGAGCGCGCACACUCUGCGGGCGACGAUGCGGGGCGCUCUGAGCGCGAUCAUCCAGUCCUGGAUCAUCAUACUGCUGGUCCGAGCAGACCAGUGGAGGCUGAAGGACUCCGACAGCUGCCAGAUGCACAGGAAACAAACUGACCUGAACUCAUUCCUGUGGACAGUAAAACGUGACCCUCCCUCCUACUUCUAUGGCACAAUCCACGUGCCCUACACCCGCGUUUGGGACUUCAUCCCUGAAAACUCCAAGCAGGCCUUCCAAGAGAGCAACAUUGUCUACUUUGAGCUGGACCUCACCGACCCGUACACCAUCUCGGCCCUGACCAGCUGCCAGCUUCUUCCUCAGGGCGAGAACCUCCAGGACGUCCUGCCCAGAGACAUCUACCGCAGACUGAAGAGGCACCUUGAGUACGUCAAACUCAUGAUGCCUUCGUGGAUGACUCCAGAUCAGAGAGGGAAGGGACUCUACGCCGAUUACCUUUUCAACGCCAUAGCUGGGAACUGGGAGAGGAAGCGUCCCGUCUGGGUGAUGCUGAUGGUGAAUUCGUUAACGGAGGCAGAUAUUAAGACGCGGGGGGUGCCGGUGUUGGAUCUGUACCUGGCGCAGGAGGCGGAGAGGAUGAGGAAGAGGACGGGGGCUGUUGAGAAGGUGGAGGAACAGUGCCAUCCACUCAACGGACUCAACUUCUCCCAGGUGAUCUUUGCCCUGAAUCAGACUUUGUUACAACAGGAGUCUUUGAGGGCAGGAAGUCUGCAGGUCCCGUACACCACCGAUGACCUGAUCAGGCACUACAACUGUGGAGACCUCAACUCCAUCAUCUUCAACCACGACACCUCACAGGUCCCCAACUUCAACAAUGUGACGUUGCCCCCGAGUGAGCAGGUGACGGCUCAGGAAAUCGACAGUUACUUUCGACAGGAGCUCAUCUAUAAGAGGAACGAGAGGAUGGGCAAGAGAGUCAAGGCCCUGCUGGAGGAACACCCUGACAAGACCUUCUUCUUCGCCUUUGGAGCAGGUCACUUUCUCGGCAACAACACAGUCAUUGACGUUCUCCGUCGACUGGGAUACGAGGUGGAACACACACCUGCUGGGCAGCCCAUAAAAAGGAGAUCUUCAUCCAGAUUGGCCUUGCUGGAAUUGGAGGACCACCAGGAUAAACCUCCUCCCCUGGAGCCUUUCCUCCAUGAACUUCCCUACAAAGGGGAGGAUGCGGGGCUCCCCCCUGAGGAAGAAUCCUUACCCCAUAUGCUGCUGCCACCAGAUAGCCUGGAGCUGCUGGAGAAAAUGGAGAGAAAAAUGCUGAAGAAAAAGAGGAGAAACAAGCAGAAGAAACAACGGCAUCGGCAUUUUAAUGACCUGUGGGUUCGCAUCGAGGAGAGCGCUAUGGUCCAGUCUCCACCCCCACCGCUGGUUCGAAUCAUUAACGGUUACAUCACAGUGCAGCCACCUGAUCGAGUCUACAGCCAUUACAACUACCACCGUCUGCCGUCAUCAUCCACCUCAUCAUCAUCCUCAGUAACAGUCUUUCUUUGCACGCUAGUUACAGUUAGCCAACAGCUGUGGACGGCUUUUCUCUCGUUUGUUGGGCCAUUAUAAUCUCAUCUUCAUACAUGGACACGGCAAAGAAAAAUGUGACUCACGGUCCCAGCGGUUGUGGGAUCCGUGCUGACAUAGACUUUUCAUGAAGAUAAAAAUAUGUUGGCUAACCAUGCAGUUGCUUUGCGGCUGUUAAAGUAUCAAACAUUUGUGUCAGUGAGGCUAAAAGGAAACUCAUACUCGUGUGUUGUUCACAGUUUAUAAGUUCAUACUCCACAACUUUAAUACACAAAUCACUAAAAUUUAAACUAUUUUAGAUGUAGCACAAGACUGAAUAUUUAGCUAGCUGUUAGCUAGCUUGAUUAAUUACAACAGCGCACCUGAUUGGACACACAUUUUUUUUUUUUUUUUUUUUGAAAACCCAAAUCAGGAAAUGAGCUUUAAAAAUAAAAAUGGAAGAUGGGGGAGUGGGGAUGAACUUUUAUUUGAUUUAAUCUUAAAUAUAUAGUAGUGUAACAAUUGUGAGAUUUUUUUUUUUUUUUUUUUUUGCAGCCACACUUUAAUUCCCAAUUUUCAUUUAAUAUGUGAACGCAUAAUAAAAUAUUCCAAAUGUAAUGUUUAUUUAAAUUUGAUUUUCCAGUACAAAUAGUACAAAAGGUUUUUUUCUUUCUUCUUUUUCUGAUUUUCAUCAUAAUUUAUAAAUCAAAUAAAUUAACAAAUAAGUGAACAAAGAAUUAACAGAUUGAGCUAUUUUUGCAUUUUAAAUAUUAAAAAAAAAAACUUUUAUUUUUUGGUGUUGCUGUUUUUGUUUGUUUUUAAACAUUUGUCAGGGAAAUGGCUCAUUUACAAAGUUUUAUUUUCUCACUUCAAAGCAAAAAUUUGUUUGCUGUGAAGUACAAAGACAUGUUUUUGUUGUUGUUUAUGUGUAUGUUUGUGUCAGACAGUCUAUCAGCUCUUAACUCCCCCCCCCACCCACCACCUAUCAAACAAACAAACAAACAAACAUUCCUCCCCAAACCUUAAUUUAUUCUUCUUCUUCUUCUUUAAGAAGAAUGUGUUUAAUGUUGCAUAAUAGCCUAAUGUUUGCGGAAAUUGUACAUAUUUUUUAUUCUAUAGAUGUAUUUUCAAAAUGUAAAAGAAGAAAAUUAUCAAAAAUGUUGUGGAUGUUUAUAUAUAAAUAGAUAUGCAGUAUAUUUUUUUUUUUUUGAAAAGAAAUCAGGAACAAACCACCGUCGCCUGUCAUGUGUCUCAAUGAAAAGAGACAAACAACUGUAUUGUACUUCAUCUAUCAGUGUUAUCAUGUGUCUGCAGAAAUAUAUCUUGUUUUUUUCCAUAUAGAGACCAUUUAAUUUAUUUAUGUAUAGUUUCACAUAGUAGGUCAUAAAAAUCACCCAGUGGGUUUUUUUUAUUAUUAUUAUUUUUAUUUUUUGCAGGUGCUGUGAUGUCCACAUAAAUUUUUUUUAAUGCACGGUGUCUGCACGUGUGUCAUUCCCAUUUUUCACAUACAGUAUGACAAGAUUAUCAUAGUAUUACCAUAAAGCUGACGACAAUCAAAUAUUUAUAUAGAUUAAAGUCAGACUCCUUGGCUGGCAGUCAUACAGACCUGCAGUAAAAAAAAAA